AUGAAGGACCACUUUGAGAUCCUCAUCCGCUCCAUCCUCAUCAGGCCUGACAAACCCGCCGUCCUCUUGCUCGGCCAUUUCUCACCACAAACACACCAAACACACGGUUUUGCAGGCCCAGACCACUGGCACAACAUGGUCGCGCAAUUCUACGACGUCCCACACGUCUCUGUCAAAUCUGCCCUCUUCCCCGACUACAUGCGCGACCCCAAGUCUAUCCAGAAAUACUUUGUUGAUCCCGUCCUCGCUAGCCCUUCCGGGCAUGAACUUAUCUCGGAGAUACUCGUGGCGUACUUCCAGAGGCAGAUAUGUACGGCGUGGAGCGUGGCUACUGGGUCGUCUUACGAAGCCCCAGAAAAGGGUGAUGUAGCAGUCGACGCAGCAGUGGAAAAGAAGAUGGCAGCUAUGAAAGACCGGGGGGAUUCGUCGUUGUCCUCGUCCUCUUCCCCUCAGCUCCUCACCGUCCCCUCUGGCCGAAUCAACACCCGACCAAACGGGAACCGUCCCUUCGAAGAGAUCGCACCGUUCUGCGUUUCCGCAAACGACCUCAUCAACCCCCUACCACCGUCGUUGUUCUACGGCUCGGGGUGGUAUGCUCACCAUCCGAGCGGGAGCGGGGGCGAUGCCCUGAUUACGGCUGCGCAUUAUUGGCAUUCUGCGCUUCCGACGAGUAAGCUUAGGAUUCCGGUACAGGUUGGAGGGGGAGAUAUUGGGGUGUACUAUUUGAGGGAGCCGGUGGGUGUUGUUGGGGAGGGGAGUUCGGUUGAGUGUUGGGUUGAUGAUAAUUAUGCGGGUGCGAAGGUUAUUGAGAAUGCGGCGGAUAUUGGGGAUGCUAUACCUACGCUGAAGAUGAUCGACCAUUAUGUUGGACGAGGUUCUCAUUUCGUGGAAUGUCAGUUGUUGGGUGAAGAAGGACAGAGUGUGCCGAUGUUCAAGAUUAUCGGGAUUUUUGCGACGUGA